AGAGAGAGAGAGAGAGAGAGAGAACGCUUUGCGAUACACAAGUGUUGAGACCGUUAUUGUCACGCUGCGCGGAGCCAACACAACCGUCAGAGCAUUUUGCGGGAAUAAAGGCAAACAACAUCCAGCCAAAAUGUCGAAGGUGGAAGGAGGAAUGAAAUGUGUCAAAUACCUUUUGUUCGUGUUCAACUUUAUCUUCUGGUUGAUGGGAUCGUUUGUUCUGGCAGUGGGACUGUGGCUGCGCUUCGAUCCAGAAACUGUGUCUCUUCUCAAUGUUGACAAGGCUCCAGACACUUUCUUCAUUGGUGUCUAUAUCCUGAUAGGUGCUGGCAGUCUGGUGAUGUUGGUUGGUUUCUUUGGCUGUUGUGGAGCUGUUCGGGAAUCUCAAUGCCUGCUGGGUUCAUUCUUUGCGUGUCUGUUGAUCAUCUUUGGUGCGGAGUUGGCAGCAGGGGUGUUUGGAUUCUUAAACAAGGACAAGAUUAUCAAAGACGUUCAGACCUUCUACACAACGACCUACAAUGAAAACAAUAACAGCACAUUGAUCAUCUCAUACCAGAAAGUACUGAAAUGUUGUGGGACCAUAGAAAGCCCCUGUACUGAAUCCAGAACAGAUACUAAGGACUGUGAGACAGGCAUCAAGGAGUUCUUCAACAGUAAACUCUUCAUCAUUGGAUACGUGGGCAUCGGCAUCGCUGGAGUCAUGAUCAUUGGGAUGAUCUUCAGUAUGGUGCUCUGCUGUGCCAUUCGCAACAGCAGGGAGGUCAUCUAAGCUGGACCCUCGACCUCUACCUCUUCUGCACCCAGCCCCAAAAGACUGUACAGCCUUCAGAUCAAAUGUCAACCGUAGUCCAUCAUCCAUCCAGGGACCCUGGAAAUAGAUCAUGUUCAAAAAUAUCCUUUCCACUAUGAUGCUAAAACCAGCUCUCCAGACCUGAUGUUCCACUAUUUUCUCUUUUUUUUAAUUAUUUGUACUCACAAGCAAAGUAGCACCCUCUACCUUCCAGAACAUUCUGAUAAGACCAAAACAGCAGGAUCAGUGUGAUUUCUGAUGUUGACCUGACAAUCUGUCAAAUUGUUUUCCUCCUCAUGGCCAUUUGGUCACCAUUAUAAAUUUUAACCCACAUACUGUCGCAGUAGUGUCAAUUCUUUUUCACACAGCCUUGACACUGACCCCUCGACUGUGGGAAACUUUAGCCCCGAGAGAGCAAACCUGAGAGGUGAAAGCAAUGGUGUGUGACAUGAGAUCACAGCCUUUAAAAAAAAAAGGUUGGCUGGAAUCUCGUAGUGAAUCCUGAUUGGUGGAAUCAGAGUGGGGUGUCGAGAGGGAAUGGCCAGUGAAUGUUUCGGGAAUGCAUCCAUCAUGCAGCCCCUGUGCCCUCACUCACACACACACAGUAUACACUCUCUGUGUGAACUUAACAAUCAACAUAGAUUUUUCUCUACAAGAAAAAUUGGCAGUUAUUCAAUGUGUUGUCGAGGAUUAGCUUAGUUUAGCUGUAGUUCAUAUUUACUUUACAGACAUGAGUGGUAUUGAUCUUCUCAUCUCACUCUUGGCAAGAAUGUGAAUAUACAUUUUUCCCAACUCUUCCUUACCUUUUAGUACAUUUACAACAAACCGUGCAUUCUAUAUUUUUCAAACAAUGCAGGUAUGUGGUGGAUUUCACAACCAAGGGUCAAAAGCUGCCUGGAGCGGAAAUGUGAAUCCAAAAAUAGAAAGCGCACACCAGCUGAACUGAAAACCAAAUUUUAUUUUUUGUCCCGAAGGAAAAGCUCCUCUUAUAUAAGUGCUCUCUUACAGAAGAGAGUAUCCUUGAGUCUAUGUUGACUGUACGUCAAGAUCAUGUGGACGCAUGUGGAUGUUUACAGGCUAAAUAUAGGCUAGCCAGUCAACUGAGAAUAGGCAGUGGGGCUGGGAAAUUGGGUUAUUCAAACCAGUAGGAUCUCUUCCCACCUCCCAUCUUUUUUCCCCUCUGUGCCUUAAAAGUACACCACUCACGACAAAACAAAAGCUGAGAAAUGACCCCUGUAUUCCUCUCAUCUCUUCAACCUCAGCAGACAAAAAGGUUUGGACAGAAAUGCCCGACUUCCAAUAACUUUUAUUUACCCAGGUUCACUCAGGCCACUGUUAAUUCUGCAGGGUUUAUUACAGGACUGUGGUAUGUAAAUAUAUGUGACUUUUCUUGUAGUUGUACGUUAUUUGUGGAUGAUUUGAUAGUCACUAUUUAACAAGCUGUGUGUAGAUAUGAGCUUGUAGUAGUUGUAUGAUGUUCAUGUAGUCAUGACAGUGUUUGCGAUAGUCAAAGCAAA